GCAGCGGCCGGAAGUUGUUGGUGGAGGAGGCCGCUGCUGGAGUGUCGAGUCCCUCUGCGCUUUACUGUUGUCGUGAUGCGUUGGCCGCUACUGUGCGGGGUAUCCGCCGCCAUCCUACUGUGCUGGAGUGGGAGGCUGUGUGCGGUGGGAGAGACAGAGAGGUGUGGCGAUAUCAAGGACUGUAUUAAUUGUACAUCCUUUACGAAUCUCUCAAAUGCCAACUUGACCUGCUUGUGGAUGGCCUGUGAAGAUAGAGUGGAGAAAUGUGUCAAUUCAUCAGAGGCAUCGAUAAAUUGCACAAAACUGGAUUCAUGUGAAGCUCCAACAGCAGGUCCAACUACUAAUUCAUCCGCUAGAACUUCAAACACAUCCACUUCAGUCCCUGCAACUAUAGCUCCAACUGCCAGUUCUUCAAACUCUUCUACUUCAGUUCCUGUCACACACUCGAGCCCUCUGACACCCAAUGCCACCAGUCUUGCUCCAACAACAGGUACAUCUAAUGCGACGACUCUAGUACCACCUCCGCCAUCUAAGAAAUCUACUUUUGAUGCAGCGAGUUUCAUCGGGGGAAUUGUACUUGUGCUUGGAUUGCAAGCUGUAAUCUUUUUUGCUGUGAAGUUCUGCAAAACCAAGGAUAGGAACUACCACACGCUCUAAGCACCUCCCUGAUGGAUCACAAUAUCUUGGCUUUUCUCACAUUGGUCUGCUCUGUAGGUUAAGUUUCAGGAGAAAACACUAUUCUUUAGAAUUAGCCAUAUCUUUAAUGGUGUAUGUGGUUCAACUUUUUGAUUUAAGUUUUGAUUUGCCAUUUGUUCAACAGGCUUGUGAAUUUUAAUUGAUCCGAACACAUGGGCACAUGAUUUAUUUGGGGGAGGGAAAACAGCCAUGCCUUAAAUAAAUGUGGCCUUAUUCCUGCUAAAGUUUUGACCUUGGAAUAUGGGCCCCUGUCAAAUAAACUCAAGUUCUUUAUUCAAGAAAUAUUUCUCUUUUAGAUUUUUCAGUGUUAAAAUGGUUGAUUUGCAAUCCAGGGCUGCCAACUGGGCUGAUAACUAAUUUGUUGCAGUAAUGUAAAUGUUUUAGUGAACGUUCCAAAGUGAAUUACAUGUUUUGGAUUAUUUGCACUAGAUCCCGAUUUAGUCUGCCACUCUUAGUUCAAAUCUCCAAAGUAACAAAUUCCAUUUUCAAGUGAUCUUGGUUGUAUGCCUUGCAUAAAUGGGUGUUAAAUCAAACACGUUAUCCACUUUUUUUUUUAUUUGGGAUUUACUGUUGGAGAUUUGAAAGUUUAACCUAGUUCGCGUAUUCUCCUUUGCCUUUUGUGAAAUACUGCAUGUUAUGGUACUUUGAAGAUUUCUGCAUUAUUGUGAAUUGUACCUGCAUUCUGUUUACAUAUUUGUGUAAAGUGGAAGAAUAGAGCAGAUUAUAUGCAAGAAGGAUUUUAUUUUCUUUGAACAGUAUCGCUAAAGUUGGUAGCUCUUGCAGUGACUUUAAUGUGAAGAAUUUAACAUAGCUUGAAAUUGUUCUGAUGUGUGAAGAUUGGAAGACAAUCAUUUCAGAUUAAAUUUCUAAAUCUUGAAGUGUAGUAUAAUGGUGUUUAAUUCUGGGUUGGUUAAGUGCUUUUACGUUGUAAAUGAUUUUGAUCAGUUGUGUACAGUAACUUUGCAGUAAUUAUUUUGUACGGAGCAGUAGCUCUUGUACAUCUUAAAAAUGAAAGCAAUUGAAAUGUGGAUGAUAACCAGGAAAGUUACUGCAUUCAGGGUUUUUAAAAAAGUGGUGGUGUAUAAAAUUAUUAGUCUGAGGUGGAUAAUUUGAACAUGGAUAGAAUGAUUGCCCAGACUUUUUUUUAUUUGAUAACCAAUGAGGUUUUUGCUUUUGAAAUGCAAGAUACAUUCUACUUUGAUUAAUCCUCCCCUCGCCUUCAAAGCUGAAUCCAAAGCUUUGAGAAAAUGUGCCUCUGCUGCAUCUGCUUUAAAGUUGGAUGCAUUGCGACUGCUUCCUGGAUCAGAACUUCAGAUUGUCAAUUUUUGAAAGUGACCUAAAAUGUUUCUCUCUCCUUUUUUCUAUAGUCCCUCCCACCUCUCGAAUAUAAUAAGCUACAUAGAAAUCAGACUUGCUCCAGGUUUAAUGCAAGUGGAGUGCUGCUCAAUUGGCCACCAAUUUGUGGGUAACCGGAGUAGUUUUUGAAUGUUUCAGACAAACAGCACUAGCUAAAUUGUACAUCUCUUGUAUGACAGUGUUCUGUUUGUGACUUUUUGAAUACUGAAAUUUGCUUUCAUCAAAAUCUUGUAAUAUCCAAGCUAAUUUCAAGUGCUCUAACUUGUCUUUUUAUGGACAUUAUCUUGUCUCAUUGCUGCACUUGCAUUUGUUUUGUCUGUCAUCUAAAACCAAAGGGAUUAUCUUGUCGUUUUGUUCUUUGCGCAGCUGCAUACCUUUGCAUUAAAUUGAUAAAGCUUUCAUUAAACUGCAGUAUAUACAGUAUGUGAACUUGGGUAACCUACUUGGGCAUAACCAGACUAAAUUGCAUUCAGCUGCAAGGGGCCUUGUUGCUGAACUGUUUUUCACAUGCUUUAAUUUAUUGCACUGAAAUAUUCACUGCACCCACACAGUACUUUGCAGCUGCAGACUGUAUACUGUCCUCUUGUUUCAGGUGCUCAAGAUUUGCACUGUAUCUAGGCUGUGCAAUUGAGAAUUGAAUUCAGGUUAAAGUGCCUUAAAGGAUACUUAGUAAGCCAUUGACUUGAAGUAUGUAAUUGGAGGGCAGGGGAGUUGAGAAAGAGACCGUGUUUAAUGUUGUUUUGGAAGUGCUUUGUUAAGAACUCUGCCUUCACUUGCCAAAGUGUGAUGUAAUGUGUAAAAAGCUGAAGUUUUUUUUGAUGUCUGCUUUACCUGUAACAUUGUGAAGUGUUGUUACACCCCACAAUAUCUCUGAACAGAAUGUGCAACCAUACCAACCAAUAAAUUUCAUGUUUUA